AUGGACACCAUGGACGAGGAGGACCUGGUGGCUUAUUUCUCCUUGCAGUACAAGCAGAACCUGCCGUCCUUGCUUAGGAAACUCAGGCUGACAGAGGACUCCCUGUCUCCAUUUAUUCAUCUCCAGGAGAAGAGGAAACAAGCCCAGCUGAAGCAAAGUACUCUGGAGGAGAAGGAAGAGGACUUCAGGGAGAGGGUGAAAGCCAUAACUCGCCAGUGGAGGGACUUCCACACCAAGGAUGCUCAGCUGAAAACCUACAUGAAUAAAUCUGAGAAGAUUUUAAAGGAAGAUGAUAUGCCAGUCAAAGCUCUGGCAAAAGACAGCAAAAAGAGAGAGAGGAGGAUGCAAAAGGAGACCGAGCUUUUGGAAGUUAAGAGAAAAUUGGAAGCCCUGAGAAAUGAGCACCAGAAACUCAGAGAUGAAGUGCAGAAGUACCUCAUCUUCAACAAAUGCCUGGAGGAUGUGGUGAAGAUCUCACAGUUUGAGGAGCUCCAGGAAGUCAUUUGGUACUACAAGAUGCUGAUGAGGAUGCACAAGGCCCAGCUGCAGUCACAACAGGAGUACAAGGAAAUGUCUGAGCAAGCCAACAUGCUCCUGGACCAGUACAUGGCAGAGAAAGAAGCUGAGAACCUGCAGUACAAGGAUGAGCUGAUGCAGCUCCAACUACGUUUUGACCAGGCUCAAAAAGACAUCCUCCUCCAGGAGACUUGGUGGGACAGUAUCCAGGACAAGAUCGCCAAGAAAAGCAGGAAGCUGAGGAUCAUCAAGAUGGUCAGCCUCAACAUCUCCCAGAGUGUGAGAAUGCAGCUGCAAGCAAACCUGAAAGCGCCGGUGGAUGACAGCCACGAACAGCUGAACAUGAUUCAGCAGUUUAUCGAAGACUUCAGAGACCUCUUUCUGGAGGCGAAGGAGGACAUGCAGAACCACCACCAAGCAGCUAUAAGGAACAUGCCAACAUGA